AUGUUUAAUAUCUAUCUAUCUAUCUAUCUAUCUAUCUAUCUGAACAACUGUUUUCCCACUUGCUGCUCUCGUCACUGUUGUUGUUGUUGUUGCUGUUUUCCCUUCUUCUUCUUCUUCUUCUUCUUCUUCUUCUUCUUCUCCGCCACUACCUCCUCCUCCUCCUCCUCCUCCUUCUUCUUCUUCUUCUUCUUCUUCUUCUUCUCCACCACUACCACCUGCUCCUCCUCCUCCUCCUUCUUCUUCUUCUUCUUCUUCUUGCCUUUUUUUCUCUGUUUCUCACAUUUUUCUUUUUUCCUUCUUCAGGGAGCGUCACGAUUCCAUCCUUCUAUUUACUCAAUUUUUACCAAUGUUUGUCAAACGCCAAAGAAAUCUUGUAUGACUCGAUUAAUUCUUCAUUUGACAAUUCCUUUGACUUCAUUACUCUUUUCAGUUUUACUUUUGUUUAUUUGUUUUAAAUUCUUUCUCUUUCUUUGUUCAACGUUUUUUUUUAACUUUGUGGCUUCCUUCGUAUUCGCCAUUUUUCUUUUUUCGAUUUUUCUCCAUUUUCACUGCCCCCGAUUUUCAUUUUGUUAUUACCAACUUUUUAUAAUUUCUUCCUUUUACCUAAUUUUAAUUCUCCACUACUUCUUAUUAUUAUUCUUCCUCGUCCUCCUCCUCUUUUUCUAUAUUCUUAUUUGUCCCUUUUUAUUAUCUCUUCUUCUUCUUCUUCUUCUUCUUCUUCUUCUUGACUCGUUAAUUUUCUUCUUUGCUUCUCCGAACUUUUUCCUUCUUUAUCUUUUUUCUAUUCCUUUUUCUAUUCUUCUUCUUCUUCUUCUUCUUCUUCUUCUUCUUCUUCUCCCUCCUUCUACUCCUCUUCUUCUUCUUCCUCCUCCUACUCCUCUUCUUCUUCUUCUGCUUCUUCCUCCUCCUCCUCGUUCUUCUUCUUCUUCUUCUUCUUCUUCUUCUUCUAUCACCACGAUAUUUAUUCUUAUUAUUUCUUUUUUAUUCUUACCUUUCUUUUUCUUCUUCUUCUACUUUUUCUUUUUCUUCUUCUUCUUCUUCUUCGUCUUCUUUUUCAAUUUUCCUUUUCUUCUUCUUCGUGAUGCUUCAAUUUUCUUCUUUCCUUCGACCUUUUUCUUUCUUAUCUUUUACUAUUCCCUUUUCUUCUAUACCUUUUUCUUCUUGUCUUUUUUUCUCCAGCUCUUAUUUCGAUUCUCAUUUUUUCUCAUUCUUCUUCUUCUUCUUCUUCUUCUUCUUCUUCUUCUUCUUCUUCUUCUUCUUUCCCUUAUUUACUUUUUCUUCUCAAUUCCGCCGUUCUUUUUCCUUCCUCCACAUUUUAUUCUCUUCUUCCGGUUUUUUCUUUGGCCCUUCUCUUCUUUCGGUCUUCCAUUUUCUCAUUUAGAUUUACCUUCCCUUCCCUCUCCAUUUUCUUCUCAAAAUCUUUCUUCCUUUCCUCCUCUUUAUUUCCCAAUCCCACUUCUCUCUUCUUCUCUAUUUUUUCCUUUCUCUUUUUCCUUCUUUGUUCCCUUUCAUAUGUCCAUCAAUUCUGCAUCACUUCUCUCUUCUAUACCUAACUCUCUCCUCUCUCUCUUUCUCUUUGUCAAUCUCUCUAUCACUCUUUACUUUCUGUCACGGACUCUCUCUCUCUUUCUCUCUCUCUCUCUCUCUCUCUCUCUCUCUCUCUCUCUUUCUCAUUCCUUCGCUUUUUGUCAUUUCCCGACUUCUCCUACAUUGCCUCUCACACACUUCCUCUGUAUCCCUAUUACACUCUCUCUAUCCUACUCUCUUGCUCUCUCUCCCUCUUCCACUAUUUUACUCUCAGCCAUUCUCUCACUCCCGCAAUCGUUGUCUAAAUCACGUUCUGUUCUCCUCUCCCUCACUCUGAAACUCACUCUCUCUCACUUUCACUUUACCCCUCUCUUACUAUCUGUAUCAAUCUUUCUAUCCUUAGUUUACAUUCUCUAUCACUCUUCCUCUGUAUUCUUAUUGCACUCUCUCUAUCCUACCCUUACGCUCUCUCUCUCUCUCUCUCUCUCUAACUAUUUUACUGUCAGCCAUUCUCUCACUCCCGCUAUCACAACACUCUCUAUCAAUUUCUUCCUGUAUCACUCGCUCAGUCUCUCUAUCCCACCCUCACAUAUUUACAGACUCUUUUUCUCAAUACGUCUCUCUCCAUCAUUUUAUUUGUCUUUCUCAUUUCCCUUCUACCACGCCGCGAAUAGCUUCCUUAUUCUCUCCCACGCACUCACUCUCUUUAUAUUAGUGUCUCACACUCUCUAUAUCCCAGUAAUAGAAUCUUACACCAACUCUCACACUUCCUCUCUCAACCUCUCGCACACUUCUCUAUCUCUAUCUAUUGCAGUCUCACUCUUAUAUUCCCUCUUUAUCUUCCUUAACCUUUCACUCACUCUAACUCUAACUCUAUCUAACUCUCCAACGGUUAUUCUUAUAAUGCCCUCUAUAUCUCACUCUCUCCUAUUACACUUUCGCUGGCUUUAUACACUUCUCUCCUUCUCUCUCUUGUUCACAAUUCCAUUUUUCUUUGACAGAAAGAUGAAAAUCCGAACAAAGGUCAUUUGGGUCACUUCUUCAUUUUAUCCCCCCGUUCUUUUUAUUUUAUUUUAUCCCCGUUCUUCAUUUACCCCGCGUUCUCCAUUUUAUCCCCCACCGUUCUUCAUUUUAUCCCCCGUUCUUCAUUUGAUCCCCCCGUUCUUCAUUUUAUCCCCCGUUCUUCAUUUGAUCCCCCGUUCUCCAUUUUAUCCCCCCACCGUUCUUCAUUUUAUCCCACCCCGUUUUUCAUUUUAUCCCCCGUUCUCAUUUUAUCCCCGUUCUUCAUUUUAUCCCCCCCGUUCUUCAUUUUAUCCUCCCGCCGUUCUUCAUUUUAUCCCCCGUUCUCAUUUUAUCCCCCCGUUCUUCAUUUUAUCCCCCGUUCUUCAUUUUAUCCUCCCCGUUCUUCAUUUUAUCCCCCUUCUUCAUUUACCCCGCGUUCUCCAUUUUAUCCACCACCGUUCUUCAUUUUAUCCCCCGUUCUUCAUUUUAUCCCCAUUUUAUCCCCCGUUCUUCAUUUUAUCCCCCGUUCUUCAUUUUAACCCUCCCCGUUCUUCAUUUUAUCCCCGUUCUUCAUUUUAUCCCCCUCCUGUUCUUCAUUUUAUCCCUCACCCGUUCUUUAUUUUAUCCCCUUCUUCAUUUACCCCCGUUCUUCAUUUUAUCCCCCCCCGUUCUUCAUUUUAUCCCUCCCCGUUCUUCAUUUUAUCCCCCUCUCUUCCUCCUCCUCUUCUUUUUCUUCUCUCUUUUAUUCGUCUUCUUAUUUUCUUCUUUUUCCAUUACUUCUUCUCCAUCUUACUCUUCUCUUUCUCCUUUCCUCCAACUUACACUCCUUUUAUUCUCUCUUUUUCUUCUCUUCGCUCUCUCUCUCUCUCUUACUCUACUUUUUGUUUCUCUUUUUGUUUCGUCCUUCUUCUCUUUACUCUUCUUUUUCUUUCUCUAUUUCCUUUCUUUCUUUUCCACCUUACUCUUCUUUUUCUUUCUCUAUUUUCUUUUCUUCUUUUCCACCUUACUCUUCUUUUUCUUUCUCUAUUUUCUUUUCUUCUUUUCCACCUUACUCUUCAUUUUCUUUCCUUCUUCUCCGCCUUACUCUUCUUUUUCUUUCCUUCUUCUCCACUUUACUCUUCUUUUUCUUUCCUUCUUCUCCACCUUACUCUUCUUUUUCUUUCUCUAUUUUUUUCCUUCUUUUCCACCUUACUCUUCUUUUUCUUUCCUUCUUCUCCACCUUACUCUUAUUUUCUUUCUUUUUUUUCCUUCUUUUCCACCUUACUCUUCUUUUUCUUUCCUUCUUCUCCACCUUACUCUUCUUUUUCUUUCUCUAUUUUCUUUCCUUCUUUUCCACCUUACUCUUCUUUUUCUUUCCUUCUUCUCCACCUUACUCUUCUUUUUCUUUCUCUAUUUUCUUUCCUUCUUUUCCACCUUACUCUUCUUUUUCUUUCCUUCUUCUCCACCUUACUCUUCUUUUUCUUUCUCUAUUUUCUUUCCUUCUUUUCCACCUUACUCUUCUUUUUUUUCUCUUUUUCUUUCCUUCUACUCCAGCUUAUUCUUCUUUUUCUUUACUUCUUCUCCUCCUUACUCUUCACUUUCUUUCUUUUUUUCCUUCUUCUCCACCUUAUGCUUAUUUUUCUUCCUUUCUUUCUUUUUCUUCUCCAUCUUUUUCUUCUUUUUUUCUUUUCUUCUCCUGCAUCUUACUCUUCUAUUUCUUUCUCUUUUUCUUUCUUCCUUCUUUACUUUAAUCGUUUUUUCUUUCUCUUUUUCUUUCAUUCUUCUUCACCUUACUCUUCUUUUUCUUUCAUUCUUCUUCACCUUACUCUUCUUUUUCUUUCUCUAUCUUCUUCUCUAACUUACACUUCUUCUUUUUUCUUUCCUUCUUUUUCACCUUACUCUUCUUUUCUCUUUUUUCUUCUCCACUUUCUUUUUUUUUCUUUUUCUUUCCUUCUUUUUCACUUUACACUUCUUUUUCUUUCUCUUUUUCUUUCUUUCUUUUCCACCUUACUCUUCUUUUUCUUGCUCUUUCUUUCUUUUCCACCUUACUCUUCUUUUUCUUUCUCUUUCCUACUUCUCCACCUUACUGUUCUUUAUCUUUCUCUUUUUCUUUCCUUCUUUUCCACCUUACUCUUCUUUUUCUUUCUCUUUCCUUCUUUUCUGUCUUACUCUUCUUUCUCUUUUUCUUUCCUUCUUUUCCACAUUAAUCUUACUCUUCUUUUUCUUUCUCUUUCCUUCUUCUCCACCAUACACUUCUUUUUCUUUCUAUUUUUCUUUCCUUCUUUUCCACCUUAA